AUGAACGAGGAUCUCGCCGAGGAGAUUGAGGUGCUAAACUCGAUAUACGGGGGCGAAUGUAUUGCCUCGACUGGAUCCGGAUCGGUAUAUGUUCUGCGGCCGCCAGAAAGUACAAUCUCGCCGCCGCUCUCGCUGACGCUCUCAUUCCCGGAGAACUACCCACAUGCCCCGCCGGUGGUUGUUGAUGGAGCGGGCGGCGGCAAGAGCGGGGUGGAGGGGAAAAACGAGUUGGCGAGAGAUGUGUUGAGUGCAGUGUGGCGGGAGGGUGAGGUGUGCUUGUUUGAUCUGGUGGAGGGGAUGCGUGAGUUGUUGGAGGCUGCACCGCCGCCUGCUGCAGUGGAGGAGGUGGAGGUUGAUGAUGGCGAGGAGGGAUAUAGGGAGUGGUCACCGCCGCCAACGAUGAAUGAGGCUGGACAACACACGUCGGAGCAUGAAUGGAUUGUGGCAGAUCCAAUCGUGGAGAAGAAGUCUGUGUUUGUUGGAAGAGCCAUUGAGGUGCAUUCAGUUGAAGAUGCAAAGCGUUAUAUUGCGGAUCUGAUUGCAGGGGAUAAAAAGAUUGCUAAGGCAACGCAUAAUAUGACUGCAUACAGGAUACAGCGUGAGAACGGUGUCACAUUCCAAGAUAAUGAUGACGAUGGAGAAACCGCUGCUGGUGGCAGGAUGGGACAUCUAUUGCAGGUUAUGGAUGUUUCCAACGUGUUAGUAGUUGUCUCCAGAUGGUACGGGGGAGUCAAGCUGGGGCCAGACAGGUUCCGGUUAAUAAAUACAGCAGCCAGAGAGGCGCUAGUCAAAGGUGGCUUCGUAAAGACCGCCGAGACUAGUACUGGAAACUCGGGAAAGGCAAAAGCUAAGGAUAAGAAAGCUAAAAAGUAA